GUUCACUUCACCUUUUGCUCACUGCACUUGAGGUACCACGCCUUUGAUCAAAGAUAUUUGUUUCCUUAAUUUUUGAAGAAUUACAGCUUUCGUUUUUACUUCAUUAGCAAGGGUAAGCUGCUAAGUGGCUGGUACCCAGGGCUCCCUACUGCUGUGUAGUUCAUCGGUUACAGUAUGGACGGCAGUGGCAGUGGCUGGACUGGAGGUCUGCUGCCCUCUGUAGGCGAGGAGGCAACUAAGGAGCACUCAGUCUUUGAGGUGGCUGUCCAGAACGGCUCGGCCAACCACAGCUCCCUGUUUGCAGACGUGGCUCUGCUGCAGAGCUUCAAGCUGCUCAUCAUCCCAUGCUACACCCUGGUGGUGGUGGUGGGUGUGUUGGGGAACUACUUGCUACUCUACGUCAUCUGCCGCACCCGCAAGAUGCACAAUGUCACCAACUUCUUCAUCGGGAAUCUGGCCUUCUCAGACAUGCUGAUGUGUGUGACCUGUGUACCAUUCACCCUGGCCUAUGCCUUUAACCCCCUCACUGCCAUCGCUGUCGACAGGUACUAUGCCACUGUGCAUCCUCUGAAGAAGCGCACCUCGGUGGCCACCUGUUCCUACGUGCUGUCAGGGAUCUGGCUGCUGUCCUGUUGUCUGGUGGCUCCAGCUGUGGUCCACACCUACCACGUGGAGUUCAGAGAGGAGGGCCUUACCAUCUGUGAGGAGUUCUGGCUGGGUCAGGAGAAGGAGAGGCUGGCCUACGCCUACAGCACCUUGCUGGUUACCUACGUCCUGCCACUCUCUGCUGUCUGCGUCUCCUACCUCUGCAUCUCUGUCAAGCUGAGGAACUGCGUGGCACCGGGACAUCGGUCCCGAGACCAGGCAGAGGCACAGCGAGCCCGGAAGCGGAAGAUCUUCCGUCUGGUGGCGCUGGUGGUGGCGGCCUUCGGGGUGUGCUGGCUGCCCAUUCACGUGUUCAAUGUACUGCGUGACAUCGACAUCCGCCUCAUCAACAAGCGCCACUUCUUGCUUAUCCAACUGCUGUGCCACCUGUGUGCCAUGAGCUCGUCCUGCUGUAACCCCUUCCUGUACGCCUGGCUGCACGACCGCUUCCGUGCCGAGCUGAGGAAGAUGUUCACCUGCCACCGCCGCAUCGGCAUCCCUGCCAACCACUGUGCUACGGCCAGCGUGGCCCUGUGACUGUGCAGGGACAAGGAGAGAGAAGAGACAGAAGGUCUCUGAUACCUGUGUAAACAUGUUGUAGAGCCAAUUUUCUGAUUAUUUGCUGUUAACCUAAUGUGGACAUGACAAUAGUUCAUUGUGACUCACAGCUGAUUACAGAGAUAUUAAGUGGUUCCCUAAUCAUUGUUCAAUGAACCAAUCAAUUGAACAUGCAUGAGGUGAUUGCCUGGAAAGAAUGGAUGAACUGAUUGAAUGUCUGAUGAAUAAUAUGAAGGUAAAACACAAGAGAGAAAAAAGCGAGAGAAAGAAUAAAGAGAGAGGGAAGGAGAGGGAGAAAGAGGAGGGGAGGCGAGGUGACAGGACCACCAAACAUAUUUUUGUUAGAGGCAAUUAUGCUCAGCCACAGUCAAUGUUUAACACAAGGACACAUCACAAGCAGGAGAUUCAUCUGCAAAAAUGAGAGGUUUGGUGGAUAAUUUCAAGGCAUCUAAGCACUGUUCACACAAUAGUUGCUUGCUACAUAUGUGUAUCAUCCCCCAUAACUCCAGAUGGACAGCUGUCUACUGAGGUUAGAGGGAAGUAUUCACUGAACUGACAAUACAAUGUCAAUGAGCUCACUCUCUGCUCUGCUUCUUCUGCUGUGUUAAUAGUGGUACUUGCCUACAGAGCAGCAAGAGCAACUCCCUACCUUCAAGCUAUGCUCAAACCCUACACCCCAACCCGAGCACUCCGUUCUGCCACCUCAGGUCUCUUGGUCCUCCCACCCCUACGGGAGGGCAGCUCCCGCUCAGCCCAGUCCAAGCUCUUCUCUGUCCUGGCAACCCAAUGGUGGAACUAGCUUCCUCCUGAAGCUAGGACAGCAGAGUCUCUGCCCAGCUUCCGAAAACAUC